AUGCGCUUCAAUACCAUUUUCAUUGCUACCGUUGCUUGCCUGGUUGCCACUGGCUCGUUUGUCAAGGCAACAGAAGACGAUCUUCUUGGAGACCACCAAGUAGAUGGUCUGGACUUGGAUCCUUCGGCCGUCGACUUACAACCUGCCGGGCUUGACUUGGAUCACUCAGAAGCCGACUUGGAACCUGCCGGGCUUGAUCUGGACCAUUCGGAUAUUGACUUGCAACCUGCCGGACUCGACCUGGAUCAUUCGGAUGUUGACUUGCAACCUGCCGGAUUCGACCUGGAUCACUCAGAUGUUGACUUGCAUCCUACGCUCGAUAACCCAUUGGAUAUCGAGAGACGUUCGAUUGGUUCCACAGGAUCCGGUAUUGGUUCUGGUCUCCAGUCUGCAAAGUCACAGCAGCAAGCCAAGGGUCUUGCCGCACUCAGAAAAACUCCGGGUGGUAAAGGGUCUUCUGCUGCAGCUAUCAAGGGAUACAUGCGUCUUAACUCUGCAAAGUACAAACUCAAGAAGGCCACCGACUUUUCUUAG